AUGUUGAGCAACAGCACAUUCCUGGAUGAAGACUUGUUUAAUUCAUCAGGAAACGAAACGCUCGGUGAUGCUCACGAAGGUGCGAUCCUUAUCUCCUUUAUUUACUCGGUGGUGUGCCUGGUCGGACUCUGUGGUAACUCCAUGGUCAUCUAUGUCAUUUUCAGGUACGCAAAAAUGAAAACUGCGACAAACAUUUACAUUUUAAACUUGGCGAUUGCAGACGAGCUGCUGAUGCUCAGUGUGCCCUUCUUGGUCACAUCGUCACUGCUCCGCCACUGGCCGUUCGGUUCGUUUUUGUGUCGCUUGGUGCUGAGCGUGGAUGCCAUCAACAUGUUUACCAGUAUUUACUGCUUAACUGUGCUCAGCAUCGACCGGUACAUCGCCGUAGUGCACCCCAUCAAAGCUGCGCGCUAUAGAAGACCUACAAUCGCCAAAAUGGUCAACUUAUGCGUGUGGAUGUUCUCUAUCCUGGUCAUCUUACCUAUCAUUAUAUUUUCCACCUCCACUCCAAACUCGGACGGCUCUGUGGCUUGUAACAUGCAGAUGCCCGAGCCGCAGCGCAGGUGGCUUGCUGUGUUCGUGAUUUAUGCCUUUCUCAUGGGUUUCCUUUUCCCCGUGCUGGCCAUCUGUAUGUGUUAUGUGCUGAUCAUAUGCAAAUUGAGAGUGGUGGCACUGAAAGCAGGCUGGGAGCAGCGUAAAAAGUCCGAGAGGAAGAUCACGCUCAUGGUGAUGAUGGUGGUGACAGUGUUUUUGAUUUGCUGGAUGCCAUUUCACGUCGUGCAGCUGGUAAACGUGUUCGUGGAGAGGCACGAUCCCACGCUUAGUCAGCUGGCAGUGAUUUUGGGCUAUGCCAACAGUUGCGCCAAUCCCAUUCUUUACGCCUUCCUCUCAGACAACUUUAAACGCUCUUUCCAGAGGAUUUUAUGCCUUCGAUGGAUGGGUGGCAUGGCGGAGGAGCCUAUAGACUACUAUGCCACUGCGCUUAAAAGUCGUGGGUACAGUGUGGACGAGUUUCAACCGGACAAUCUGGAGUCGGGCAGCGCGUACAGAAACGGAACUUGUACAUCCAGGACUACCACACUGUAG